AUGAGGAUGAAUAACAUGAAGCCAUUAGCGAAAUGCGCUCGACUUCUUGGAUUUGAUGAAAAGGAGGAUAUUUCUUGUGUCAACAAUGCCAAAAACACUAUAGUUAAAUCUUUACGUGCACGUUUGACUGAGGAUUAUGGCGUUGAAAAACAGAUAGUCGACCAGAUUUUACCAAAGAAAGAUGUUGUGAAACAUGUUAAAUGCCAUGAGCAUGUAGAUUUGUACGCAGACUCAGACGGAGAAAUCUUGUUUUUCCGACAGAGAGAAGGUCCGUUUAUUCCUUCUCUAAAGUUGCUUCAUAAAUAUCCUUUCAUCCUGCCUCAUCUGCAAGUUGACAGAGGGGCUAUCAAGCAUGUUUUGAACGGUUCAAAUAUUAUGUGUCCUGGUUUGACAUCUCCUGGCGCUCGAAUGUCGCAGGUUCCCAAGGAAUCCAUUGUUGCUAUAAUGGCAGAAGGCAAAAAAAAUGCCCUUGCAGUUGGCAUUACUUUACUGUCUACUGACGAAAUCCUAACAAUCAACAAGGGUAUUGGGGUUGAAAAUAUCCACUACUUAAAUGACGGAUUAUGGCGUCUCAAAGCAGUACGCUCAUUAUCUGGAGUUAUUUACAAGCUUCAUUUCCGAAAGUACAAAAGAAGAACAUAUCUCUUAGUAGCGUCUUGUUUCCUGUUUGUGGUUCUUUACCUGAGUACAAGUUAUAUAAAUGUGUACAAUGAUUUGGUAACAAAUGUGUCUGGUUGGAGAUGGGGCCCAUCUGACAGUUAUGUCUGUCCGUUAUGGGAUCAUUCUGAAGAGAAUCCAGCUGUACAUCGUUUGGCAAUUUUAGUACCGUUCAGAGAUCGUUUUACUGAACUUCAGGAAUUUAUACCUCAUUUGGAAAGUUUUUUAAAUAAUCAAAAGGUACGCCAUACAUUUUUCAUCAUUAAUCAAGUGGAUGAUCUUCGAUUUAACAGAGGUGCAUUGCUAAAUGUAGGAGCACUUGAAUCUCUUCAAUCUGAAGUAAAUGGAGUUAUUGUUGAAAGUAUCGUUGAAAAGAAUUCAGUAUAUCAGUCUUCUUCCCGGUGUUUAAAGCUUCCGUACACAAAUUAUUUAGCUUUACAUGAUGUUGACCUCUUACCAAUGGAUCCAGAAUUGAAAUACAACAUGCCACCAGAGUAUGGACCAGUUCAUCUAAUUCCAUCUUAUCUUCAUCCACGUUAUCACUUCUUUGAACAAUAUGCUGGUGGUGUGUUAAUUAUCAGAAGAAGCCAUUACAGUUUAGUUGGUGGAAUGUCAAAUUCAUUUUGGGGGUGGGGUCGAGAAGAUGAUGAAUUUCGUAUACGACUAAAGUUAAAACAACUGAAGGUUUCAACUCCAACUAAUGUGACUAUGGGAUUCAAAGCUUUUCGUCAUAUCCACCAAGAAAAUCAGCAUAAACGAGACUCUAAAACGUAUUAUAGUGCUGAUGUUAUCAGGUUAAUUCGUAAUCCCAUCGGUGGUCUGACUACACUAAAUUAUACAGUUGUAAGUAGGCGUCUAUUAACAAUCAGUGGUAUACCAGCUCUUCUAAUCAAUGUAAAGUUGUCCUGUGAUUCAAAACAUUUUUCUUCACAUCGUUACUUCGGCUAUAAUUUCGACAUGCAAAUGUUUCUCAGUGAAAUGAUGCUAAUGAAUGAGGAGUUUGCUUGGAUUUAUUCACUUUGUCAUAUGUUUGAUUCAGCAUGGACAAAGUCAUCGACAGCUUUACGUUGCGAAGUUCUACCUGGUGAUUUGUGCAAAACACCAAGACAUCAACCUAGUGAUUUAACAGUUACAAUAACCGGACUGGAUACAGGUUUAGGAGUUUUCAUCAUUGGUGGAACUAAAUAUGUUAAUGCCCACCACUAUCCUGAUGUAGAGAAAAUAAUGAAAAUCGCUUUGAAUAAGUAUUAUAAGGCAGUAGGAGGAAAUACAGAAGCAACAACAGCCUGGAAAGAUAGUAAAGAAGGUAUUGCAAAUGUUUCCCAAAACCAACCAAGCUUAGCUGAUAUGACAGAAGCUGCUAUUAAAAUACUAUCUCGCAAUCCGAAAGGAUUUCUUCUAUUGGUGGAAGGAGGCAGAAUCGAUCACGGUCAUCAUGUUAGUCAAGCACAAUAUGCCUUAACUGAGACACUGGAGAUGGAAAAAGCAAUUGAAAAGGCGUCAAAACUUGUAUCCGAAAGUGACACCCUAUUGAUGGUUACAGCUGACCAUUCUCAUGUCUAUGGAGUGAUUGGUUUUCCAACAAGAAACACAAGUAUAUUCGACGUAGACGACACAUUAAAAGCAGACGAUGGUAAAUCUUUUCUGGUAUCAUCUUAUUUCCAUGGACCAAGAGGUUUGAUAAAUGAAUCUCGAUCAGAUCCUUCAACAGAAGAUAGAAUUGCAACCAGCUACCAAGCCCAGUCAUUUUUCCCUCUCAAACAUGCUACUCAUAGCGCUGAAGAUGUUCCGAUUUAUGCAAAAGGUCCAUUCAGUGAGUUGUUUCAUGCAUCUUGUGACAACACAUUCGUCGCACAUGCAACCAUGUAUUCUUUGUGUGUCGGAACUUACGCUAAUGAAGCACACUGUCACCGUGAGCACAAUGGAUCAAACCGCAUCUUAUUUCAACUGAAGUACUACAUAAUACUUCUUGGCUAUCUACUGUACAAUAUUCUCAGUUAACACAAAAAUGUUUGACAGUUUCUUC